AGAUGUAGUGCGCAACGGGCAACGUCAGCUGCCCCCCCUGCAACGCUGCGGGACCUUGUGGGCCUGUGGCAGGAGCUCUGGCCCCACUGCAGCCACUGGGUUCUGUGGACUGUGGAGAUAUCCGUAGCCUCACCUCUCGUCACCUCCACUUCUACCCGCUAACCGGACCACGCCGGGCUUACCACCAUACGCCACCCAAGCUUGUGCGAUAUUUGCGUUUUUGAGCUGCAUACUGUGCCGAGGAGAAGCUAGGUCCACGUUUCCAAUUGAAAUUGCGGCCAGCAGGAAACAGGACGAUCACCGACAGUUCCCAAACAACGAGGCGCCCGCAACCGCAACCGCAACCGCAGCCACAGUACCUAGAUAGCCAAGGCCAUGGCGCCGCGCAUCGAGGCUCAGGAAAUCGAGACGUACUGGAACAUCUUCUCGUCGCGGACAAAUGGCGGCAAGUACCUGACGGGAGAGCAGGCGGCGCCCGUGCUCAAGAACAGCGGCCUGCGCGACGACCAGCUAGAGCGCGUGUGGGACCUAGCUGACGUCGACGGCGAUGGCACCCUCGACUUUGAGGAGUUCUGCGUGGCCAUGCGCGUCAUCUUCGAUCUAUUAAACGGGGAAUACUCAGACGUCCCCACGACGCUCCCCGACUGGCUGGUCCCCGAGUCCAAAGCCCACCUCGUCCAGGCAACGCGCGCCCUCACGGGUAAGGCGGUGCAGUUCGAGCAGGUCGAUGACGACCCCGACGAGCCUGGCCUCAAGGACGGCUUCGACUGGUACAUGAGCCCCGCCGACAAGUCAAAGUACGAGCAGAUCUACCAGGAGAACAGGGACCAGCGAGGCGAGGUAUCAUUCUCGGCGCUCGAGGAUCUUUACGAGUCUCUCGACCUGCCCGACACCGACAUCCGCUCAGCAUGGAACCUGAUCAAUCCGUCGGCCGGCUCGUCCAUCAACAAGGACGCAUGCCUGGCCUUCCUGCACAUACUCAACUACCGGCACGAGGGUUACCGGAUCCCGCGCACGGUGCCGGCGUCGCUGCGCGCGAGCUUCGAGCGCAGUCAGAUCGACUACCAGGUCGACAAGCAGCGGACGGCGGGGCAGUCGCGGUGGGCGACCAAGGCGGACGAAGAGACGAGCACGGGGCGCAAGGCCAAGUUCGGCGACCAGUACCUCACGCGCCUGGGCCGCAGCGGCUUCAAGUCGUCGGGCACCGACUUCAGCACGGCCAAGACGGACGACUGGGAGGAGGUGCGCCUCAAGAAGCAGCUCGCCGAGAUGGAGGACAAGAUGGCCAAGAUCGAGGCCGACGCCACGCGCCGGUCCGGCGGCGCCAAGCGCGACUCCAAGCCCGCGCUCGUCAAGCGCGAGCUCGAGCAGCUGCUCGACUAUAAGCGCAAGGCGCUUCGCGACCUCGAGGAGGGCGGUAGCCUUGGCGGCGGCGGUAGCCUUAAGAGCGUCGGCGAAGACCUGCAGACGGUGCGGGAACAGGUCGAGGGCCUCGAGGCCCACCUGCGCUCGCGCCAGCAGGUGCUCGAGCAGCUGAGGAGGGAAAUUGACGACGAGAAGACGGGGAGAUGAGAGCAGUAGCAGCUGCUGCUUCCCCCUGUCCCCCCCCCUUUUUUUUUAAUAAUGAAAUGAUAUGACAUACCGCUCGCUAGUUUUGGGUUUUCGGGUCUCGUCGUUUCAGUACCUUGGUAUAUCCAUCGAUCUAUGCCCUCCUCUAUUGUGAGUUGAAACGCCUAACCAUGUGUGUUGGAACUCUGGCCGUGGUGAACUCUAUAUCCUUUCUGUCCCCGUUAAGGAGAGACAUGAUGUUGCAGCUCUCGGCUUUCCUUGUAGGACGGCGGGAACGCUCUAGCCGCGGUAUUGAGGGCGGCGCUGGACCCGGAAUAAGCAGCGGCAAGGGGGUCAGGGAGCAUGAGACUACUGGGCUAUGGCCCUUGAUAAUUCCGAAUCGGGAUCUUGUAUAUAUAAUCAAAGGCAAGCGAGU